GGGGGGUCGGCAUGGGAAGCGUUCGGCUUGUUUAAAUGUACAAUACAUUACCUUCAGACAAUAAUUUUCCAAUAUACUAUAUAAAAGAAAGAGUAAGGGACGAAGGGAGUACGAUGAUUAAUUCCUAAUUAAUUUACUGUUAAAGCCUGCAAUUAUUCACGCAUUACUGAUCAGAAGCGGGUUUGAGUGACGUAAGGAAGGAUGUUGGCAGCAGCUGACUGCGUCGUUAUGUUUUGUAAAUAGAAUGCCGAAGCGAGUGAAAACAUAUUGGCCAGAGUCGAAAGUUAUAGUGCCAUUUAGGUAGAACUUCUUAGAGGGCUCUAACCGCGGAUAAAAAAAAGAGAGAAUGGAAUAUGGGUGGAAUAUAGGCAAUCAAUCCAUCAGUAAUGAUAUUUUUCUUUUCGUCUCUUGCAGAUCAGGGGUAAAGGAUGUCCCUCAGAACGCCAAAAUGCAUUACAAUUGGGCAAACGUUCUAUCGGAUAACGGUGAUCCGGGGAACGCUAUACGCCAUUACGAGACGGCUUUAAGACUAUGGCCGGAUUACGCAAGUGCGCACAAUAAUCUCGCACUGCUGCUUAGGAAUGAUACUCUGGCUGAAAUUCAUCUCCAACGGGCCGUUUCCAUAGAGCCGACUCACGCCGGAGCCAUGCUAAAUCUGGCCAACAUAUACAUUAGGAUGAACAAGUCAUUGGAUUUAGUAGAAGCCUAUUUGUGGAAGGCGAAUGAAUUGGAUCAUUCCUUGGACGUGUAUACGUCAAUGGCAGCCCUUGAAAAAGCCAGAAAUAGACCCAGCGAAAGCGAAAAGUGGUUAAGACGAUCGGCCUUGAUCAAACCGAACGAUGCUCGAACAAUCUAUAAUCUUGGAUUAACUCUCCAAGAAAAAGGGUUGUCGGAUGAAGGAUUGCGGCAGUACGAAAGAGCUUUGCGAAUAGAUGGGCGUCACGAACAAGCACUGCUAGACGCUGCGCGUACAUAUUAUGAGAAGGGCGAUAGGGCCAAGGCUGAAGAAUACGUUAUGAGGGCGGAAAGGGAGGCGGACACGCCGAAGGCCCUUCAUCAACUGGCAACAUUCUACUACAACACCGGUAACAUCGUAAAAGCAAUUAAUCUUUUAGAUAAGGGUCUGGAAUAUGAUAAUUCGGAUAGUGAUCUUCUGUUGCUGCACUCGCAGGUAACUUUACGAGCUAAUCAGCUGGAUGCUGCAAAAAAGUCUGCCAUGCGAGCUAUUGAAGUAUCUCCAAACGACAUACUCUGCUUGGCUCAGCUGGCCAGGAUUAAAGGCGUCCAGGGCCAACAUCCUGAGGCUAUAGGACUUCUAAAAACUGCACUGCAAUUGGCGCGAAACGAACGAAACGGUGUUCUAGUUUCCUUACAUUUCCAAUUAGCAGAUCAUUACAAAGAUCUAGCAAUGAAAGAGGAUGCUGCAGUUCAUUAUAGAAAAACUUUGCUGUAUAAUGAGAAACAUUCGCAAGCUCAUCUCAAUCUCGGCGCUUUCCAUCAUUCGCAGGGUGAAUACGAUCUUGCUGAAUGGCACUACAAACAAGCGGAACAGCAGGAACCGGACAAUUCGAUUCUGAAGGAGAACUUGAGGAGAUUGGAAAAAGCUUCUAAAGAAAGACGUUCGAAAUAUUGA